CCUCCCCGCGGCGUGAAUUCGGGUCUCGGCAAACUUCCGGCGCGGAAGGUGAGGGGCGCGGGCGCGUCCACUGCGCGUGCGCGCCGGCCCCGGCGGCCCCUGCGCCCCCUCCCCGCGGUGGGGACUUGGUACGGCCGGGCGGUUGGCGUCCCCCGCAGGCUGGCGGCUGCAGCCCAAGGCGGCGGCGGGCUUUUCAAAUCUUCUCUCCGGCGGAGUAGUGGCGGCGGCAGCGCUGGAGAUGGAGGGGCUGACCCCGAGGGGCCCCGAGCUCGGCCCGGCGGGGCUGUCCGCGCCGCCGCAGGACUGCAGUAUUCAAGAAAAAAUAGAUUUAGAAAUUCGAAUGCGACAAGGAAUAUGGAAACUUCUUUCUCUGAGCACUCAGAAAGACCAGAUUUUACUUGCAGUAAAAAAUCUCAUGGUGUGCAAUGCUCGAAUAAUGGCUUAUACAUCGGAACUACAGAAAUUAGAAGAAAAGAUUGCAAAUCAAAGUGGAAGAUGUGAUGUGAAUUUUGAAAGUAAAGAACGAACAGCAUGUAAAGGAAAGCUUGCUAUAUCAGAUAUUCGAAUACCACUAAUGUGGAAAGACUCUGAUCACUUCAGCAAUAAAGAACAAUCACAGCGCUAUGCCAUUUUUUGUUUAUUCAAACUGGGAGCUGAAGUUUUUGAUACUGACAUGAUAAUUGUCGACAAAACAAUCACAGAUAUUUGUUUUGAAAAUGUAACCAUAUUUAAUGAAGCAAGGCCAGACUUUCAGAUAAAGGUCGAAUUAUAUAGUUGCUGUACAGAAGAAUCUUCCAUAGCUAACACACCCAAAAAACUGGCUAAGAAACUGAAGACAUCUAUAAGUAAAGCUACAGGGAAGAAAAUCCAUUCAAUGCUUCAAGAAGAUCAUGAAACAUGUUUGUCCUUCGGUUCUGCUAUUUCUGGUGCAAAGUAUAAUUUGCUAGCUCAUACUACACUGACCUUGGAAAGUGCUGAGAACAAUUUCAAGACCCAUAAUCUGUCUAUUAAUGGAAAUGAGGAAUCUUCAUUUUGGCUGCCCUUAUUUGGCAACAUGUGCUGCCGAUUAGUUGCCCAGCCAGCUUGUAUGGCUGAGGAUGCAUUUGCAGGAUUUCUUAAUCAGCAGCAAACAUUAGAAGGACUGAUUAGUUGGAGAAGGUUGUAUUGUGUUUUGAGAGGAGGUAAGCUCUAUUGUUUUUACACUCCAGAAGAAAUUGAAGCUAAAGUGGAACCAGCUUUGGUAGUGCCCAUUAACAAGGAGACCAGAAUUCGGGGAAUGGAGAAUACCAACAAAAGAAUUUAUAAUUUCUCUGUCAUCAACCCUGUUGCUGGACAGGCUGUAGCUCAUGUGUUUGCAGCUGACAAUAAAGAAGAUCUUCAGAAGUGGAUGGAAGCCUUCUGGCAGCAUUUCUUUGAUCUCAGCCAGUGGAAGCAUUGUUGUGAAGAACUUAUGAAAAUUGAGAUUAUGUCACCACGGAAACCACCUUUGUUCUUGACAAAAGACGCGACCUCAGUCUACCAUGAUAUGAGUAUUGACUCACCUAUAGAACUUGAAAGUUUAACUGACAUAAUACAAAAAAAAAUCGAAGAGACAAAUGGAGAGUUCCUUACUGGUCAGCAUGAAGAGCCCUCACCACCUCCUUGGGCUGCACUCUUUGAUGGUAACCAUCAGGUGGUCAUCCAGAAAAAGAUUCUCUCUCCUGAAAGCAAGCAGUUACCUGAUGGAAAAAGGAAAAAGAGACGGGCUCCCCCUCCUCCUCCUGAUAAAGCUCCUUUCAGCCUAAAAACACAGAGCACUACAGAUCAAUUGGUUAAGGAAAACGAGGGGGAAACCAGUGCACCUCAGACCUCUUCUUUGGAUACCAAAUUAUCAACCCUAAUGCAUCACUUACAGAAACCAAAGGCUGCUCCUCGAAAACUUCUUCCUGUCUGGAAAAAUAGCUUAACUGAUGGUGAAAACACAGACACUAAAACCAGUUUUGAAGCAAAGCCAGUGCCAACUCCAAGGCAGAAAUCUAUCAAAGACAUUUUGGACCCUAGAUCCUGGUUGCAGGCUCAAGUAUAGAAAACCCUUAAUGCAUAAAACAUUAACAAAAUGUGUAACUGUGAGGUUUGAUUUAGAAACGCUGUAGAUGGAGUAAUAUGAAAUUAUGUAGGUUUAAAUCAAUAAUGAAUAAGCUAUUAGGUAUAAAAUGUUUUAUAAUGAAGAAAUGCACUUCUCUUUUAUUCUGAUAUUGAGAAUAUAAGUAAUUUUCCCCAGCAGAAUGCAAGUGGCAUUCUCUAGACAAUAUUCUAAUUGUUGGAAGGGUUAAUUUAUUCCUAAAUUAAUACCAGGCAGUGAACAAGAACUAGGCAGAAGAAAGCAUUAAGUUUUCUUUGGGGAGAGAUUGUCUAGUAAUUUAAAAUGGUUAAAUAUGAACCAUAUUCUCAUUGUGAGAAUUUUAAUACUAAUGGAAUUUUUCAAAAGUUUUAUUCAAACCACAAAUUAUAGAAUCCACCCAAGAAAAUUUCUUCUUAGCAUUCUGGAAUUCUCAUCUAAUGGUUCACUGGCUCUCCUCUAUUGUUUAACUCACUAGUUAACUCACUGACCUUUUAAAUUCCUGGGAUAAAUUUUGGGAUAUUAAAUUCUUCAUCUUUAAAGGGAAUUUGUAAUGUGCUCCUUGAUGAGCUCUGAAAUCCAGGAGACAUUAACUCUCAUAAUGAAGCACAUUUAUUAUUAUAGUUUAGAGAAAAGGUAGAUGAAAUAUUUUUUACUUCCAUUUUUCUAUGCAUGGUGCUAAUUUUCAUUGUGACAUAGGAAUUUAGGGGAGCAGCUGAUUAACAUCUUAAUAUAAAUUUAAUACUUUUAAAAGCAGGUGGUCAAUUAAAAAAAUCAGAAAUGUGAGCCAUGAUAAUAACUUUCAGAAUUAAUCCCCCUUUUAAAAGUGUUAGAUUUUCUUCUUCUAGUAAGGGUUGAUAUCUGCUAUUGAUAUUAUUCAUUAAAAGUCGUAUUCUUACAAUAAUGACAUCGGAAUCAUUUCCAUAGGAGGUAAUCUCCAUAGCAACCAAACAGAAUUAUGAAAUCAAGUGAGGAAUAAAUAGCAAGAGUACCUUAUAGGAACAACAACAAAAAAAUCCAUUUUUAUAUAAGUACUUCUUGUAAACAAGAGCAGAAAUAAUCUAAUCAGAAUUUCCAAAUAAAACAGUUUCCAAAGGUGUCAGCUCUAAAAAUACUGAGCUAAACACUUGCUAAGUAGUUCAUCAAAAGAAGUGGAGUAUUUGUGCCCUCACUGAUGUGGCUCAGUGGGUAGAGCUUCGCCUUGCUGACCAAAGGGCUCUGGGUUUGUUUCUGGUCAAGGGCACAUGCUUUCCUCGCAGGCUCCUCCCAGCCUGGGCCGUGGUCAGGUUGCAACCAAUUGAUGUGUUUCUCUCAAUAUUUCUCUCUGUCUCUCUCUUCUACUCUUUAAAAAUCAAUGGAAAAAUAUCCUCGGGUAAGGAUUUAAAAAAAGAAGUGUUUCUCCAUUUUCUAAACUGAAAGCUUAUGACAGAGAAAAAUAUGCCAUAUAAUAAAAGACAUUUCAGCUUUUUAUGAGAUGGCUUUUCACUUGUCUUUUUAAUCUGUUUCUUGGUAUAUGAAGGCUACAAACUUGAAACAAAGGUUAGCUGUCAUACUUGAUAAAAUAAUUGGAGCAACAAAAUAGGUACUUUAUGAUAUAAUUCUGAUGACCUAAAGAUAAUAGAAAAUUACAUUUACAUCACAACAGCAUUAAGAUAGUAUUUUUAAUUGAUGCAAAGUGAGAACUUUUAUGCAAAGGACAAAGAAAACAUUUUAUUACAAACACCACCUUAGGUAAACAAUUUUUCAAAAUGUCAUGCAUUCCAACUCUUAGUGGGUUUUAUUAAAUCUUCCUCAGCUGUCUCUAGUGCCCCCUGACUUCUUUUAAAUGGGCGUGCAUAUACAUCAAAAACUAAAUCCAUUUAUUAUAAACUAGCCCAGUGCGAGAUUCGAAAUCGCGCAGUGCUGCCCACCCUCAAGUCACGAGUCGCGGGUCUGGCCCUGUCUCACUCCCCGGGCCCCACAGCAGCCACGGCCACUGCUGAUCAGGCCCUCCCCCAGCAUAGGCUCGGAGGCCCCUGCCACCCCACCCUGAUGCAGGUGCAAUCUCCUGUCUGGUCGACCCAUUAUAGCGUCCCAGGUAAUUAGCAUAUUUCUCUAUUAUACAUAUAGAUGCUUUAUCUUUACCCUUUAGGUCCUACAAAAUGUAUUUUACCUGGUACUAUUUUUUUUUUUUUUUAAGAGAAGAAGGAAGGGGAGAGACAGAGAAACAUCAUUGUGAAAGAGAGCCAUUGAGUGGUUGCCUCCCUCAGGCGCCCUGACCAGCCUGCAACCUAGGUAAUGUGACCAGAAUGGAAAGUGGACCCUUCAGUCCAAGGGCCAACACUGUCCACUGAGCCAAACUGGCUAGGGCUUACCUGGUACUAUUUAUUAAAGAAUGAAAGGCUCCUUAUUUAUUUCAUGUAUGAUAGGUUAAAUACUGAGAUAUUUCUUUAGGCUUAUUUCAGCACCUCAGCCGCCUAUCAAGAAGUUAAUACAAAAUGAAAUUAUAAGGUAGUUUGGAACAAUUUAUGUCAAAUGCCAUUUGACUAUAACCACCUAUGUUGCCAUGAAUGAGGAACAACCUUACCAUAUAGAGUGCUAUACCAUGAAGAAAGGAGAAGGGCGUUGUCAGGAAAAAUGUCUGUUCCUGAGGGUCAGAAUUUAUCAAAACUCAUUGCUUUUUAAAGAGUGAAUUAUUGAACAGUCAUUAAACUGAUCAUCAUUUAUAUCUUAGUAGUUUUCUUCAGUGUUCUAUUCAUCUUAAACUAUAAUGCAGAUGGAGCUGACUUACAUUUCAAAGACAGUUCCGUUUUUAAAUGUUUACAUGUUUAUGUGUAACUGCUUCAUUGUUAACAAUAGUUGUAUGAAAAUGGUUUAUAUUGGAUUGUACAUAGUCUUGGUUAUUAGAAAAGAUGUUUGAGUUUUUAAAGGACAAGAUUUUUUUUUUAUUAUGGUAAGGUGUGUUAUUUUCUGUGACAUACUUGUAUAAGUUACAUUGUAUUUCUUAUUUUUUAAUUAAAUGUGGGUCAAGCUUCUGAAU